UCCCCCUUGCUGCUGUUUGCCAACCGGCGGGAUGUAAGGCUGGUGGAUGUGGAGGUGGUGGGGAGGCCAGAGUCUGCGGUGGUGGUCAGCGAUCUGGAGGAUGCUGCUGCCGUGGACUUCCUCUACUCUGAAGGACUCAUCUUCUGGACCGACGUCAGCGAGGAGGCCAUCAAGCAAACCUACUACAAUCAGUCCAACUGUAAGCUUUACAGCGCCACAUCCCAGUUAGGGCUGUUAUUAUGUUGUAUUUACUUCCAUUUGUAAGUGUGUUAAAUAAGUGUUAAGUAAAUAAAAACAAUUUAUUCUGCAAAGCAUAAACUGGAAAAAAAUUCCAACCUAAGCUAAAUCUAGGAAAUCACACAAGAAUGUCACUAUUAACGGAGGGAAAUUGAUAAGUGUAGACCUAAGUGUUCCCACUCAAAUGUUGGUGUUUUGUUUCCAGCUCUGAAAGAGGCCUUGGGGACAGGACAGACUGUCGUCGUGUCGGGCCUCGACUCCCCUGACGGACUGGCUUGUGAUUGGUUGGGCCGUAAACUAUACUGGACCGAUUCGGAGACCAACCGCAUUGAAGUAGCCAACCUGGAUGGCACCUCUCGGAAAGUGCUGUUCUGGUUAGACCUGGACCAGCCCCGGGCCAUCGCCCUGAACCCAGCCCACCGGUGAGUCUCUGUCCCUGGCCUGGCCUGGCCUCUCUCUCUUUCUCUCCCCUGACUGGGACAUGGUUCAGGGUGUGUUCCUGGGUCAUGUAUCCGCGCUAACCUCUCCUUCCAUCCAUGUGUAUUUCUGGUUCAUACAUGCAUCCGUUGGUUGAAGAGAGGGUGGAAAACCUGCUGUUCAGCUGGGUCUGUUUCCUGUUGUGUUGCGUAGAUCCUCUGGAGUUGACCCUUUUUCUCUCAUAGGGCACGGUUUCUAAUUCUAUGUCAGGGACUAAGGUUGUGUAUCCGUUGUUAGCAUUGUUGCGUCAGUGUAAUUCCCCCUCAGUCAGUGGAAAGUAGUGCAGGAAUACCUUUUAGUUGAUGGAUUUAGUGUAAUUGAGUGCUAUUUUUGAAUGUGUAUGGUUCUUUUAAAACAUUUGGACUUCGAACCUGGCUUUUUUAACUCAUUAACAUACGGAUAUAAAAACUAAAACUGGUUAAGGUGUCAAGAGUUUAACUUUCUGUACAAAGUCGGGACUUUCUCUGAAAGACGUUUGUUAAUCUUGAAGAAAAACACAGUACACUAGCCCUUUUUAGGUUCUUGCAGUCUUCCGUUUUGAGAUCUCUCCUUUUGAGUACAGCUCCUGCCUCCUUUAGUAGUCGUAUUUUGGGUGGAGUAGUGGGGCCCGGGAGAGAGGGAAGGCGUUCAGGCCUUGGUAGGCCACAGUCCAGGAUCCAGUUAUAGCCUAGUUCAGCUAGUGCUGGUGGAUGGUGUGUUUUUGAAGCUAACAUAUUUUGAUUUGCACAAUGUUUAGACUUACUGUGCUGAGCUGGUGGCAGGGCGGAAGGCCGUCCUCAACCACCUCCGGCAUAUGAUCAUAAUUUAGAGGUGCCAUUCAUAUCCCAUGUUGAUACUAAUUUCAUUAUGUUGAUUAUUAGUUUUGAAGCAACUCUAGAUUCAACUUUUUUAUUUCACAAAUACUAUCAAUUAUGUGUAUACCUAAUAACCAUUAUUUAUGCAUAAUAGGCUACCUCUUGAAUGUCUCAAAUGCAAGUUGACAUGAGCGUUGCCUUUCCCUUCUGUCCUUGCCUUGCCCUCAUGAGGCUGUUAAGAGUUUAAUUCCUAGACAGCACAGCCAUUGUUCUUCAUGCUCUUUGUUCAAGGAGUAACUGAAUUCUAAUGGAGGCAUAGGAGCAGGGAAUCUCUUAAUUGUGAAAAAUGUGCCAGCUGAGGUUGGUGCCAUUGGCAAACUAAUAUGUUAGGUCUCUCGGGGGGAGGGGGGGGAGGGGGGGAAGGGGUGGUUGGUGUUCAUGCUUGGUCUCCCUGCUGGCAUUAGGUUUAAGAGUUUCCGUUGGUGGGUGACAUGCUUGCUGUCGUACCACAUGCUAAAUGAAUGAGUAAUCGGGCUUCUCCAAACUCCCAUUUCCUGACACCUUAAUUGUAUUUUCUACCCGGCUGGACAAAGGAAUGCAAAACUGUUUUAUGGCUGUAAACCGUGUCAGUUGGUGCACAGUGUUGCAUUCUAAUCAGCUACUGGGUCCCUGACACGGUGGUGAUCCAUUCUGGCACAAAUCUACAUGUCAGACUUUUCCCCUCAAAAGACUCGGAAUUGAAAAAAUAUCUUUGCUUUUAUUGGCUCUUGUCGGAACAUGUGAUGUCUGAGUUAGCUACUCUUACACUAUAUCCAUUUUUGGAUGUGUUUUAGAAGGCAAUUGAAACCCACAAGGUACUCCGCUCUCUCACAGGGCACAGAUUUAAGGAAUUCACAUCAUUCUGAAUAAUGCACGUCAGGGGGGCUCUGGGAACAUGGAGCUAUCCCCUAAUGUUACAGAAAUGUGUUGAAAUACACUAAGUAUACCUCGCACACGUACUACCAUACCUCGUUCAAAGACACUUAAAUAUUCUGUCUUGCCUAUUUACCCUCUUAAUGGCACACAUACGCAAUCCAUGUCUCAAGGCUUAAAAAUCAUUAUUUAACCUGUCUCCUCCCCUUCAUCUACACUGAUUUAAAGUGGAUUUAACAAGUGACAUCAAUAAGGGAUCAUAGCUUUCACCUGGAUUCACCUGGUCAGUCUGUCAUGGAAAGAGCAGGUGUUCUUAAUGUUUUGUAUACUCUAUCUGCUUUCUAGCUGACCUUGUACAACACUGGAACAACACUGAUGUUAGUGACCCAAAACUGAUCUGAGUGUGUUGCUAGCACUUUAUUGAAACUGGUGUGUCCUCUUUUUGUUAUGAGUAGCAGUAAGACACUCUACCAUAGCCAACACUUUCUCUAGCCAGUUUGUUAAAUGGAAAAACAGUGUAAACCAUAGACCAGGACAACUGGGAAACCAGGAUGCAGCUCAUACAUUGUUCACAAAUUCUGCAUGUUUGUGGCAGGUUAUUUUCCAACAGCUUUUCAGUUCUAAGGCAAUUUCGAUUCUGUCUAUUUAAACAUGCACUACAUGUCCUUCAAAUUAGUGGAUUCGGCAAUUUCAGUCAAACCCGUUGCUGACAGUUGUAUAAAAUUGAGCACACCGACAUCUUCAUAGGCAGUAGAAUGGCCUUACUGAAGAGCUCAGUGACUUUCAACAUGGCACUGUCAUAGGAUGCCACCUUUCCAACAAGUCAGUUUGUUAAAUUUCUGUCCUGCUAGAGCUGCCCCGGUCAACUGUUAGUGCUGUUAUUGUGAAGUGGAAACGUCUAGGAACAAUGGCUCAGCCGUGAAGUGGUAGGCCACACAAGCUCACAGAAAGGGACUUCCGAGUGCUGAAGCGUGUAGAAAUCAUCUGUCCUCUGUCGUAACACUCACUAUCGAGUUCCAAACUGCCUCUGGAAGCAACGUCAGCACAAUAACUGUAGUCGGGAGCUUCAUGAAAUUGGUUUCCAUGGCCGAGCAGCCGCACACAAGCCUAAAAUCACCAUGCACAAUGCCAAGCGUUGGCUGGAGUGGUGUAAAGCUCGCCGCCAUUGGACUCUGGAGCAGUGGAAACGCGUUCUCUGGAGUGAUGAAUCACGCUUCACCAUCUGGCAGUCCGACGGACAAAUCUGGUUUUGGCGGAUGUCAGGAGAACACUACCUGCCCGAAUGCAUAGUGCCAACUGUAAAGUUUGGUGGAGGAGGAAUAAUGGUCUGGGUCUGUUUUUCAUGAUUCGGGCUAGGCCCCUUUAGUUCCAGUGAAGGGAAAUCUUAACACUACAGCAUACAGUAACAUUCUAGACAAUUCUGUGCUUCCAACUUUGUGGCAAGUUUGGGGAAAGCCCUUUCCUGUUUUAGCAUGACAAUGCCCCUGUGCACAAAGUGAGGUCCAUACAGAAAUGGUUUGUUGAGAACUGUGUAAGAACUUGACUGGCCUGCACAGAGCCCUGACCUCAACCCCAUCCAACACCUUUGGGAUGAAUUGGAACACUGACUGCGAUCCAGGCCUAAUCGCCCAACAUCAGUGCCCGACCUCACUAAUGCUCUUGUGGCAGAAUGGAAGCAAGUCCCCGCAGCAAUGUUUCAACGUCUAGUGGAAGGCCUUCCCAGAAGAGUGGAGGCUGUUAUAAGGGGGGACCAACUUCAUAUUAAUUCCCAUGAUUUUGGAUUGAGCUGUUCGACGAGCAGGUGUCCGCAUACUUUUGGCAAGUGUACCUAGGGCCCACACCUAGAUCGUUUCUAUGGGUUGGUGGGCUUCCCUGCCCAUCCACCGCUUUAGCAGUCUGUAAAUAGAAAUGUAGCCUCCAUUCAAUGCAGUGCACAUUGAAGCCACUGCAGGUAUUCUGGGCACAACAUGCAGACUACGACUUGGAGAUCUGCCAGGUGUAAUCAGAAGACGUGGGCACGUGAGAAUGCAUGUGUGCGUGUUGGGGAUGAAAAUGUUUCAAUGAAAUUGGGAUCCUUAACAUUAAGAAAAAAAUCCCUAACCAAAUUUAUUUUUCACAAAAUUAAAAUCACAGUGCAGUGAUCAUAAAACAACCACUAACAGGUCCCGUUCGUCAUAAAGGGAAAACAUUUUUUUUUAACAUGCCUAACGCGAUAAUGCUGUAACGUUAGUAGGAGGAAAGAAAUGCACUUAUUUUGCUACUUUAGAGCGGGCGGCUCUACAGUGACGAGGGGAGCAGAGAUGGCAACCAAGUCGACUUGAACUGCUAGACUUAUUGCUAGUUCUCAUUGCAUAGUACCUGUCUUGACUGCAUCAAACCGAGAGAAGCUAGCUAAUGUUAGCUAGGCUAAUUGAGACUACAAAACUUGAACUGUGCGCUUUCUCCCUGUCCGAAUCCUACAGUAAAUAACUCCAUUCAGAUGAAGUAGUAGCCUACCUGUUGGCUCUUGGGGUUGUAGCCUGUCCUUCUCAUUGAACUUGCAGUUCUGUCAUUUCAAUCUUCCAUUGAUUGCCUAGAUAUCUCCUAAUAACUUGCCACACGGAGGCUGUAGCUCUAUGACUGUAGCCUAGUGCCGGUUUGAUGACUUGGACAACGAGCUACAUGCACCACUCUCUUGUGAAAAGCAAGAGCACCAGCAGCAUAAAUGAUACUGUGGAAAGCGCGGUGUAGAUGUGUCCUCAAGCACCCCCAACAGUACACAUCUUUAUUGUAACCCUGGACAAGCACACCUGAUUCAACUUGUCAACUAAUCAUCAAGCCCUCAAUGAGUUAAAUGAGGUGUUUGUCCAGGGCUACAACAAACCUGUACUGUUGGGGGUGCUCGAGGACCAGGGUUGGGAAACACUGAUGGAGACAAUCUGUAUUGUGAAUUCAUGUGGAAUUUAAUGAAUGGAAAACUGCGAAAAUAAUGGCCUUUUAAACUGUAAGAUUUUUUUUCCAUUUAUCACAUCCCUAAUGCGUGUGUGUGUGGUUUACAUUUUAAGUAGAAAAUGUUUCAAGCCUUCUGAGAGUGGGUCUUAUCAGCGGUGCAUUACAAAGUGUUUUGCUAGGUCUUUAGUCGUGUUCAUGCUGCCUGCUUUGUUUUUUACUCCUGGUGAAAAUGGAAACCUUCCAUUUGGUAGGACCAUCGGGUGUGUUCGGGUGCUGUUUACUUAUUGACACUACUUUUCCUCCUCAGCUAUAUGUACUGGACAGACUGGGGGGAGGAGCCUCGCAUCGAGAGGGCGGGGAUGGAUGGCAGCAACAGGAAGAUCAUCGUGGAGGUGGACAUCUAUUGGCCGAACGGCCUCACCAUUGACCUGGACGAACAGAAAUUGUACUGGGCCGACGCUAAGCUGAGCUUCAUCCACAGAGCUAACCUGGAUGGCUCCUCACGGUCAGUCUGUUCUCAUUAUUAGUUUUUACACUCUUUGUGCGAAAGCAGCCAGGGAUCUGACUGAACCGUAGCACUGGACUCAACUUAAUUUCAGAGGAUGAGAUGGCUGAAACCUCCAAUCCAAACACAUUUGACUCUGGAGGCCCCAAUCCAAACAUUGGCUUUGCACAUAGGCCCAGUUGUGACCCCUCCCUCUAUGCGGUUCUCUGAACUGGAGAUGACCUCUCUGCCAUACUGUUGAAACCCAAUCUGACUUGGCAUUAUAGUCGUGAUUGGGGCCCUCAGGACAAGGGUUGACUUUCCUUUUGUGUAACUGGGAUGUAAUGGCUGUGUUCAUAAAGAGUUAGGGCUGGGCGGUAUACCGUAUUUUACUAUAUACCGGUAUUGAUGCACAGACCGGUUUGGGUUUUUACUUUACAUUCUAUAACCGUUUCAAUGUUUGGUUUAAAUGUGAUGCGCAACUCCAGCGCGUGUAGUAUCAGUUUUUAUAGUUUGCUAUUUGAGUCUUCUUUAUCCCUCUCCUCCUGCUGCAUGCUGCUUCCCACACCAAACCCUGCCCCCUGUCACUCAAGGAGAGAGCAACUACUCGACCAGUCGUAGCACUUUCUUGCCAUUAACUCUGCACUGCAGUCUACAUGGUCAGAUGCAACAAGAUGUUGGUGACAUGCUUUUUUCAACAAGCUUUCUAUAAUUACACUAUUAGUGUAUCUUAUUGUCUGCAAACUACUGUCUGCUGGUUAGUCUUAGCAAGUUGUGGCUAAAAUAAAUCUUGUUAGCCGCUAAUGCUAAUAUAGCUACUUAGCUGGAUAGCUAGCAUGCUAAUUUACAUUUACGUCAUUUAGCAGACGCUCUUAUCCAGAGCGACUUACAAAUUGGAUGUACUAAGAGUCAGAGCAAACGUAGCUAUUUAAUACAGCACGGUACCAGUGCUGGUGUAGGCCUAGAUAAGCAUGUUUGUGCAACUGUAUCUUCUAAAUCAAAGAGGAAUAGGCGAGGCAUGAUUAUGUUAGCUAGCUACAUGAGGUAAGAAAACAUGUAAUGUAACAUCUAAUUAGGGUCACCUGGAAACACUGACCAACACUUUGGUACCCUGUCAAUAAUUCCUCCCUGGCUUAUUCUUUCAUUGUCAUGUCAAACAACAAUAUAUUCAAGGUGCUGCCCGCUAUAUUCCAACUAUAGAAUUUGAAUAAUCAUUAGUGCUGAGCGAUUAGUGCUUUUUGAGGUCGGUUCGAUAAUUUAAAAAAUAAUGGUUUGGAUUUUUUUUAUUUAUUGAAACAUAAAAUGCGUUGUGAAAUAAUGGCAUUCAAAUUAUUUAGAGCUUUUUAAUGGAAAUUACAAUGCCAAAAAUUGUGAACAUUCAAUUGCCAAAACAUUGAAAAUAUUCCAUUGUCUCUGUCAGGUCCACAUUGGGUAGACAUCAAUAAAACAUUUGCAAAUUACUAUGAAAUAAUCAAAUAUUUCCGUUGUGGAUAUUACUUUGUUUUUAUUUGAUAACUUUAUUUUUAAUUCCUUGACGUCAUCAUCUCAUCUCUGCUCAGGCAGUAGCAGUCAAAUAGCCAGACAACGUUAUCUCUGAGCUUCCCAUACUGAACUGUCUUUAGUCAUCCUAUUUAGCUAGGCUAGUCUGCCUAAGCAUGCUGCAGAGCUGUCUAUCAUUUUACUAGUUCUUCAAAGUAGAUAAGGCAUACUUUCACGGACUGUCUCUCUCCCUCUUGUUGUGUACAUUCCUCUCAUGCGGUCUAUGCAGUCUGUGUGUAUCUAACAUAGCAGGUGUAAAAGUGUGUCCAUCUGGGUCUGAGACGGAAACCAACGGGCACAAUAGAUUGUCAUUGUACUUAAUUACCACGUUCUUACGCUUAACUGGGUUGAAUAUUUGCUUAAUGAAAACUACAACUCUGUUCAGCCCAGCGUCCCACACAGUCCUUGACAUGAUUUAUCUCGUGAAUGAUUUGAUUUCUUUCUAGAGAAACGGUGCGUUGGGCUCACCAAAAAACCAAACUAAAUGGAAUUCAUGUAAUUGAACCGACUUCGGUCAAUUAGUUGUUUAAUAACAAAAAAUAACAAAUGUCGGUUAUUCACUCGGCGCUAAUAAUCAUUCUAUUUCCAAGAUUCCAACAUUUCACCAAUUAACUAAGCGUAGUUGUUUUUGCCCAUAUCAUGCAGCCCUGCGUGGCACAGUGUGGAAAUUAUAACAAAAGUGCAGGAAAUGCAGAAAUUGAUAAAUGCAGAAAAUUAAAUUGUUUGAAGUUGAAUUGAACAGUAUAAAACAUUAGAAUGGCGAAAGCCCCAUUUGAAAUCAUGUAUAAUGUAUGCGUUGCCACCCUAGGGUCAGCAUAUUUUGAACUUUUAUUAUUUAAAAAACUCAAUACCGUCAAGGUAUGUUUACUUUCUCUCGUUCAGACUAUGGACUGCUUUCUUCAGGGUGUAGAGUGAGAGGCUGUUUUCUCAAGAUCAAGGCAGUUGCAUUACCCUCAUAAUUUGUUUAUAACUCCCUCAGGACAAGAUAUCCCAGUGUUGUGUGUCAGUUUGAAAUUAAGUUGUGAUUUAUAACCAUGGUGGAACUCUGCAGUUGGCAAGAAGCAAUCUAAUUGCAUGCCACCAGUAAUGGUACUCGGAAUUAUCGUACGCAAUCUUACAGAGAAAUGUAAACUUCACCCCAGAAGUAGUUUCUGUUAGCGUUUACCUCUUCUCUGUGUUAAAGCGAGACGUUUUGCCUUUCAUGUGCAACACAUUCUUGACACGUCUGAUUAAUGGAGCGUUUUGUAGUAUGUUUUCAAUGGCUUCAGAUAUGCACACGUCCAACUUCCAAGUACGUCAAAUGCGAAAUAGCUGGGAAAUCUGGUGUAAUUAUUAUUUUUCCUCUACCAACCCCUCGUUCUUAACACGCUAUUAAAGUUUUGGAGAAAACAUGCUGUCGCCCUCCUCCCCCUACCCCUCUGAAAAUGGAUCCCUUACCAACCAACCCUCCACAGCCUGGUGAUUGAGGGCCUCAACAGAAUUCUGCUUUCUGUAUCAGGAUUGUUAACACUUGUGCAACGGCAUGCCACGCUUUGAUCCUGUAUUUAUUUAUGUCCUCACAGGGCUGACUGGCUGUUGGCCUGACUGUGUGUCGUCUGGUGGCGCGAAGGGGAGCACUGCAGUAGUGAAUGGGGCUGUGCUGCGCUCGGUGCUCUGUGCUUCUCUGCUCUGACUUCUGCACUGAAUCAGGACAGCUGUACCAUUAGUACAGGGCCAGGGCAACCGUUCCCCUGUUAAAUAGUGUACCAGAUGCUGCAUUAAAGUCUGAUGACAGGCUGAUUUGUUUAAUUUUCCCCUGGAAAGGGCUUGGAGCGGCUCCUGAACUGUGGUUCCAUGACGUCGCUACGUGUUCCAACAAAUCCUCCUUUAGGGUCUGACUGAAAUCCCCAACCAGGGGUCUCUAGCUUGUUGUUGUUGACUACUUUCCACUGCCACUUGUUUUAUUUUUGGUAUGAAUUUAUUGCUACUGUCAGACAGUCUGGGUUUUUGCUAGGGCCGGGACAAUACCAGUAUCGCAAUACUCGUUAGUAUCGUGACAAGGAAACAAAACACAAAGCAGAUUUAACUUCUGCCCUAAUAUUGGAAACAUACAUUAUGUUGUCAUCCAGUUACAUGUAUUUAUUUUCCAAGCUAUAGCACACAAUAUUUUAUGUACAGCAGUUUUCAGCAUAGUGUUCAUUUUUGCCAUGGAAAAAAUAUUGCGAUACUAGUAUCGUCACAGCCCUAGUUUUUGCCAUUUACUGCUGUGUUUGGUGUCAUGACAUUCACACUUGUAGAAUGGCUGAGAAGCACAACUUGACCAAUUUCUUUCAUAAAUACAAUCGGUUUUGAAGUGAAUCUAUUAGUGUCAACAUCUCAACUGAUCCUCAUCUUCAUUGCUUUCCAAUUUUACUCUCACAAAUUUAGUGUCGAAGCAUGGAUUGGUAUUGAUUCUUAGAAAGGUUUGCUGAUCUGUCAAUUAUUUUUUGAAUUCACAGGGAGACUGUGGUGGAGGGCACCCUCACCCACCCGUUUGCCCUCACCCUGUCAGAGGAGACUCUGUACUGGACAGACUGGCAGACCCGCUCCAUCCACGCCUGCAACAAACACACCGGAGACAAGAGGAGGGAGAUCCUCAGUGGAAUCUACUCCCCCAUGGACAUCCAAGUGCUGGGUCCAGAUAGACAGCCAGACAGUAAGUAGUGCCUCUUCAGUCUGCAAGUGUAACAGCCUGCAACGUGUUACUUGAAUAUCCCAACCGUACUCAUAAUGAAUGUUCCUAAGCACAACAUAACAGAUUGUCUUUGUUUUGGGAGGGUAUUUUUAGACUGAUCUGCAGAGCUGUCAGUGUCCAUACACAGGAAUAAAUUAUUUUUCAAGUGUCUGGCAUUCCUCGCUGGAUAAAUGUCUGUGCUGCGCAGACACAGGGAGACGUUCUCAGUGUGUGUGUUGGGAGGUAGUGAAAAACGGAUUACUUUGGCAGUGGGUGAUAAAGAACGCCACCAUUAUGGUGGGUUGCGUCUCCCAAGGAGGGCAGGGGAUAUAGAGAAAGAUGGGAGGGUUAGAUAAGAAACACUUUAGAGAGGACAACAUGGACAUUAGGAGGUAGGCCAUUAGAUGAUAAACAUUCACCAAUAAAUCCCCUAACCUGUAUAUCAAGCCGCCAUAAAUUCAAUCCAAAAAUGUGUUGGCUUAGACUUUGUGAGAGGAGGUUGAGUAGUUUGGCCUUUGACUGUGGCCUGGUUGUAAUCCUCCUUUAGUGCUGUGAGAAAGGGGAUGGGAGGGUUGGUGUUUGCUGGUUCACUGUGCCAGCUGCUGGGCUUUGUAGCUCUGAUGUGCCCUGCUGAGAUUGGCAGAGCGUGACCCAGUAGACAGGGAAAAUCACGCCACAGGACAUCAAACCUUGUGGCACAGCUAUUGUCCUAGCAGAGAUUUUAUUGUGGAGCAAAAAUAUCACUGUUGGUUUUGUUUGAAAAUGUUUUUAUUUUAGUUUUUUGAAAGUCAUCAAGUUUUUCAUCAAUUGUUAUGUUGUCAGAAUGGUUCUCUCGAAGACACCAAUGCAUGUGAAUAGAAGACGCUCGCAGUGUGGUUUUCAGUUUUAGUCAGUGAAACUGAAAGGUCCCUAUCUCAGUGUUCUCUCUACUGACAUUGCUUCCUCAGUCCAAACUCCCUGCAGUGUGGGCAACGGAGGCUGCUCCCACCUGUGCCUGCUGUCCCCCAUGCAGCCUUUCUACAGCUGUGCCUGCCCCACUGGAGUCAAGCUCAAGGAGGAUGGGAAGACCUGCCGCCCAGGUAAGAGACUAGCUGCUGUGGCCUGAGGGCAUCUAGACCUAUACCCUCAGUUGGUAUGGGGUUCUCAGUAGAGAGAGCCCCCUUUAAAAGAUUACACAACGGCUGUGUCUCAAAUGGCACCCUAUUCCCGGUACAGUGCACUGCUUUUGGGCUCUGGUCAAAAGUAGUGCACUUUAUAUAGAAUAGGGUGCCAUUUGAGACUCAGCCCACACAAUGCCCCCUCAGUGAUAACUCCCUCUCCUAAUGCUACUGUGCAUGUGUCGUGGUUUCACAUUAGACAUUCCUAUCUGGUGUAUGGGACAUUAUUGACAUUCCUGAGGUUAUUUUAUUUGUGGACUGUCUUGAGUUAGGCCUAUUCAACUGCAAGAGCUGCCCUUAAUCACACAAACCAAAAAACUCCAUAUCAAAAGUAAUAUUGUCCCAAUUUCUUGAAACCGAUUAGGAAAUAUGCCAAACUCUACUUUUAAUUUCAUAACGACGUGCACAGUAAUUAAGCAUCAAAUUAAAUUUGAUUUUCAUCUUUUUUCUUUUUUAUACAAUCAUUCAAUUAAGAUGUUUUUAUUGGGUGUAUUGGCAUCCUGUUCCUCGACAAAACAUCAGAAUGCCUAACCAGAGAGCCAUUAAGAGCCUAAUCUCUGACAGAUGGCUGCUACACACUGCAAACUCUUCAAUGCACAAUUUACCCUGCCGUUUGCUCUUAAUUUCUAUUGCCCCCACAUACAGACAGAUACAUUUAGCCUAGAAGCCUACCGCUCCACCCCCUCCUCUCCCCACGUUCCCUACUUUCCAGAGUUGACCAAAGGCCACAGAUGUGAUUGACUGAGAUUCAGGAAGGUUGGACCUCCCCUGUUAUGCUUUGUUUUGCUGCUGCGGUCAUUUCCCUUGCCACUCCAAUCUCCUCGCCUUACUUCUGGGCAGAGAGAGCAAUUACAUAGGAAGCCAAGCCUAAUCAGGUCACUGCUCCGUUUGUGUGUUUAGUGGACACAAACCGGGCCCAUCCUGCAAAAUGAAACCUGUUUGUUUGACUUGCCCCAGGGUGUUUACAUUCCCUCUCUUCUGGUCCCUCUCUGGAGGGCCUGAUAUAUCUCUCUCAGCCUGCCCGUGACUAAGGAGAGACCCACCCCACCCACAAACCUCAUAAAGGUGACAUACUUGUCUAGAGGGGAAGAAAACAACUGUUGUGGGGGAUUUCUUGGGAUCAACCCUUGUUUGAGGAGUGACAGCCCUUUUGAUUGUUUAGUAGCUGGAGGCUGUUUUUACUUGGGAUACCUCCUUGUUGGAAUGAACCAGUUCAACGUCAAGCCAAGGUCAGUGCUGAUUCUGAAAUCCGGGUUCAGUCCUGGCUGUCCUGGUUCUCAUCCCUCUCUCUGGUGGACAGAAAACACUUGUCUCUGUGCACCAGUCUUGUUAAUGACAGGCAGCCCAUUCUUUGUCCCAAAAAGACUCCUCUCCCAGGCUAGGGAUGGAGCAGAGCCUCUAUUUGAAAUUGAGGCGGUGUAUUCCCAGGCCAGGAAACAAUGAGUUGUAUUCUUCUAGCCCUCAUUCCAGAGGAGUAAGUAAAAGUUUUUUUUUGUUGGGGGGGCGGGGGCGGGCGGUUAGUUAUCCAGGCCUGAUAGAACAUGGAUGUAUUCAGAGUGACUACAAGAUUAAGCCAACCUCCAGCAGUGUUGACAACUAAACCGAAUGUAAAACAAUACCCCAUUGUAUCAGCUCCGAUUAGGGGGAAAGCAGCAGGACGGGGGGGCGGGGGGUGCCUGUGUGAAGAUUAAAAAGAGCAAGUGUCCACGCUCCUCAUUUGUUUAGCUUGGGUGGCUAGAUUGAGGGCUUUUGUUGUAGUUUUUGGGGAAGUCUUGUCACUUUGUCAAAUGUGAAGCAGACCGAGGAGCGAAUUUAAAUCAAAGACGUGCCGUUGUUCUCUCCUUGAUGGAAAACGAAGGGCUGUUUUUUCACUGUCAUUACUGAUUGGUGUCACCCUUGAUGGAUGCCUUCUUCUGAUUGGGUGUCGGUAGUCUGCAGCUGGUCUUGGGGGCACUGGAGCGUAAAUGGCUAAAACGUGAGAUUAGGCGAGGAAAAAGUUGGACCUAAUUGCCUCCAGAGUGUGGCUCUAGUGAGCAAAUGCAGCUGCUAUUUAAACCAGGCUCAGUGGCAGCUAGGAGUUCCCUCAGGAAAACAUUUAUACACAACUGUUUUUGUUAGGCUGAACAUGAAAAUAUUUAAAAGGGAUAAUUUAGUAUUUUGGAUUUGUUUCAAAAUCUAGUCUAAAGCCUUUUUGUUUGGGUAAAAAGUGAUCAAAUUACCUAUUUUCAUCAACUAAAAACCGAGUAAACAAAUAGAAUACAAUAAUUAAGUUACAACUAUAAAUUGUCCUCUGAAGGUUCAUCUUUACUAAAACAUAUACAUUUAUGCUUGUCAGGUAUGGCUAUGUAGGACCUCUCAGAUAAGUCCCCAAUAAGAUGUUAUUUCCCAUGCCAGUUGAGUGCCAUACGCUCUUCCCACUCAUGUCCACUUCUCUACCCCCAGGUGCGGAGCAGGUUCUGCUGCUGGCCCGGAGGACUGACCUGAGGAGGAUCUCUCUGGACCUCCCAGACUUCACCGACAUCGUCCUUCAGGUAGAUGACAUCCGCCAUGCCAUUGCCAUCGACUACGACCCCGUGGAUGGAUACGUGUACUGGACGGAUGACGAGGUCAAAGCCAUCCGCCGCUCCCGCAUCGACGGCACCGAGGCCCAGACCCUGGUCACCACGGAGAUCAACCACCCAGAUGGCAUCGCGGUGGACUGGGUGGCCCGGAACCUGUACUGGACGGAUACUGGCACUGACCGUAUUGAGGUUACCAGGUUGAACGGAACCUCCCGGCGUAUUCUGAUCUCAGAGAACUUGGAUGAACCAAGGGCCAUUGUGCUGGACCCUGUCAAUGGGUACGUGCUUCUGUUUAUAGACGAUGUAGGUAUUUUUUCUUACUUGAUCACAGCAAUCAAGUUAACUAAUUUCAACAACAACAAAAAACGUAUUAUGCGUUCCUCCGUCAUUCCUUAUGUACUCUACAAAACACCUGUGGAAUGAUUUAACUUCCAGUUACACUUUAAAUGAUUUCAGUUUAGUUUUAAUUUUGUUCUUGUCUCUCUCCAAAGUUACAUGUACUGGACAGACUGGGGGGAGAAGCCCAAGAUAGAGCGAGCUAACCUGGAUGGAACUGAGCGUCUCGUGCUGCUCAAUACCUCGCUGGGUUGGCCCAAUGGUUUAGCCAUCGACUAUGAAGCAGGAAAACUGUACUGGGGCGAUGCCAAGAUGGACAGAAUUGAGGUAAGUCUCUAAAAAGGAAGGUGCUUCUUAUGCACCAAAUAGUUGUGUAUGGAGCAACUAUAAUAUUUCCGUCAUAGUUUGCUGCUGUUGAUUGUGGAAGCAGUUGAGUUGAGAUCUCCCUUGGACUUGUUCUCUCAUUCGUUCCCCUCAUUUGAGGUUGUCUGGUGUGUUUGUGUUGCCUGUGGAUGUUGAGAAGUGCUUCAGGAGCACAUUCUUGGAUGAGGAGAGGCCGCCCAGGCCUGAGAUCUAGCUGACAUAGGGCUGGCACAAUUACCUUAUAACCGUGUUACAGACGGUUAUGGAUGAAGACCGUCAUGGAAGUAAAAUAACCGCCAUAACCGUUUAAAAAAGAAUAAUUAAAAUGUAUAUAUGUCAUUGUGAUGAAAUAAUUUCCAUGGUAAUGUAGAAUGAUCAUUCAAAUUGUUAACUGAUGAGGCUCAUGGAAUGUAUUUUUUUGUAAUGUCAGUUGAGUGCAAUCAGCAAAUCACAGCACAUAUUUUAGCACAUACAGUAUUUUACUUCCUGCUUUGCUCCUAUGGGUACACUUGCAAUGUCCACCCAUUAUGCCAUCGUUGACUUGAAUGGGGAUGCCCGUCCUAUUAAAUAUAUUUAUAUGGCAGCACAUGCAGUCAGCAGCGGAGGAGAAAAUGUGCGCAAAAAAUAAUUACAGUGACCGCGGUCAUUUGGCUGGCCAAUUAGCAUCAUCCAAAAUUCCAUGACCGUCACAGCCCGUGUGAGCUACAGAGGAAUGUCAGAGCGAGAGCUGUUAUGUAAUACCUGGACAAGCAUCACUACAUUUCCUGUCAGACACACUGCAGUUAUAUCAUUGUUUGGAUUCAAACCGCUAGGACUUUAUACUGUACUUAUUUCCUGCAUGCCUCUGUCCAAAGCCUACUUUUUUGAAACACUUAUAUUGCCCAGUAUCUUUACCCAGUAUAUUGCCCAAUAUCCCAAUCUUUAUAUUGCCCAAUAUUUGUGUUCUUUAAGGGGGGGCAUUUACAUGUGAAAGACUGAAAUAUUUGAAGAGGAUAGAAACUGGGCUAGGCCGAUCCUUUGUUAGAGCGUGUGGGUGAUCAUAUCUUUAGAGAUAGAGCUGUGAGUGUGUCUUCAAGGUCUCUGACUGUAUUUUAUGAUUUAUCGUCUACCUGCAUGCACAGGUCCCAGGGUGUUUAAUACCACGGUGGCCAUAUUUCUCCAGUCACAUGCUCCAUAUAAUAUGUAAACACAGGAAGAGCCGGAGCCACCUCCCAGAUGAGCUUUAACACCGCUUGGUGGGAAUUAGUUUGUUUUCCUUUUCCUUCUCACUCUUUCUCUUCUCUUUCCCUGUGACUGUGUGUGUGUCCUGUUGGUUGAAUAUUCCCCUGCUCAUAACUAUGCCUUUACCAGUGGUUAGUGAACUCACUUGGGUUUCUGUUAAUGUAGGAGCAGUUUGUCUGAGUGGCCCCUAUCCACUGGGUUUUCCCAGCUCACCCUGCAGGGGCAUUGUUCGGUCUCGGAAAAUGUUAACUACCCCUAGAGGGAAGGUAGGGGGAAGAUGUUCCGUUUACAGAUGCACUCCAAAACUCUUGGUUGAACUGUACAUCAUUUUUACCUGCCUAGCUAGAAUGCUCUGAAGCUGGUGUGUUUGUGUCCAAAGUGUUGAUUUUCAUUAAGGGGGUCAGUCAUGCAGGCUGGGAUGAAUGAGCAGGGAUUAGGGAGCUCCCACUGAGAUAUUGAGCUCAAUGAGAGGCCACAGACUUGUCAACAUGUAAUGUCCCUGUCUCCCCUUUCCCCUCGCCUCAAACCAGGCAUCUGUCCCUCGCUGGGGCUGGUUUUGGCUAGCACCAGGCUCCAGCGAGCCUUGGCUUUUGUCCAGGGGCACGGUGAAGAAAUGUUCUCUCCUGUCUGAUGCCGUUCUCAACUCAGAGCCGUGGGGCAAAGCUUUCCUGAAAGAG